UUCUUCAGUAUCGCUUUCGCCAGAGUGGCAUGGUGUUAAAAUAGUUCUACAGCUUGACAUCCAGCUAAGAAUCGUUCAUGCAAACCUAUCCUCUAACUUGUCUUUAAUGCCGUACAAGUUGCAGUGCAUAGAAUUAAUUUUGAUUACUGAACGUAAAUGUAGAGAUCGAAGCAUCGCUGAAAACUGCAUGAAAACAACAAUUGAUAACAAAAUUUUCUCUGACUGAACGAAAAUAGAAAUAUCGAGCAUCACAAUCGCAUAACCUCCCUCGGUGUGACCCAAUGAUGGCUGCAAGCAGAUCAUUUCUGCUGUUCCUUUUUCUGGUUAGUAAAUUAAGCAUGGCGUCGUCUAGUGAUAUCUACACGCACGACCGUAAACGUCCAGUGCCACUACUGGACUCGAACCACGCGUGUUUCCAGCGAUUUGAAGUGAGUGAGAAUACCAUCAUCAGAGCCCAAGACUCAAGGCAGGCCGGCGCAAAAUUUCUCAACGAAUCAGACGUAGGAAACCGAGAAGACUGCAUGGCGCUGUGCUGUAGAACUGCUCGCUGUACCGUCGCGGUCUUCGAAGAAAAGAACGCGGGCUCUUGUUUCCUGUUCGACUGCGGCACUUCAGAGAACUUCGUAUGCCAGUUCACGACUCACGCGUACUACACAUCCACCAGGAUCAGGGAGCUGCCGAAUUUGCCCGUCGCAACUUCAUAUGCCAAACAAGAGGCGAAAAAACAGGAGCACGAGCAAAGGGAACUGGAAGAGCAACAACAACAGCAAAGGACUGGUCAACAGAGGCAAGAUGACAACGUUGUGUGGAGUAGACCGAAGAGUCUGCAUGAACAGGAGCUUAACAACCUGAGAAGUCCGGAUUUGAAGUCUACAUCCUCCCGCGAUUUGACCGAUACCGGCGUUAGAACUCGAAGCGAACAGCCCAGGGUAUUGCUGACAGCGUCCAGGAAGGAGGCUGAGACAGCGACUCUACCACCGCCUGCUACUACCCCGGCCAAAGUUCGCCGAUGCAGUCGGCUGCAGUUCGAGUGUCACAGCGGGGAAUGCAUCGCCAUCUACGACACGUGCAACGGCAUCCCUCAGUGCGAGGACGGCAGCGACGAGGGUGCUGACCUCAACUGCCCCACCACGCAAGAUCCAACCCUCGUGCGCGGGGAAAUGGACGAUCUUCGAUCAUCGUCGGCAAUAGGACAAACCUCUGGCUUGGGUUCGGCCUUAAGACCCGGAAUGGAGGAGGUAGGAUCAGUCGGAUCACAGGCUGGAUCCCGAGCCGGAUCUGACCGAUCAUCCGGACCAGAGUUGAACAGAUUGAACGAUGUUGACACCAAAACAAGCCCGCUGCGAACAAUCGGAGAAUUGACUAACCUGCGAUAUGUUGGUGACGGGCUGUCGCAAAAGGGGAUUCUAGAUGGAGGGCGAAAAUCUCCCCUAAAUCCGUUGGGAGGCAAGGGGAGGGAGCCUCAGGAAGUGGAUGGUCGGGAAGGCUAUGAAGGCUCCCGACUCCGGGACAGCGAGCGGAUGACUCCUGAGCAGCUGAGCCCCUCGUACGGUGCAGAGCGCGGCAUCUUCAGCCACCGUGCUACGCUGCUCGACUCCUAUGGUCGCUACAGCGCGCCGCUACAGGGAGUAUACGGUAGCGCAGCGGAGGACCUGGCGGGCUAUACGGGCAGGGGCCGCGGCUACAACGAAUACGGCCUCAACAACCGCCCUGCCCUCUACGAGGGCUCCCCCUACCUUGGAGACUCGGACCAGCGCUCGGGGGUUUACCACCGCGGUGACGCCCAGCAGCAACCACCGAACCCUGGGCAAUACUACCCUCCUAGAGGACCGUCUAAUGUACCCAUAAAGACUUGGGGUGAACCAGGCCACCUUGGGUCUCUUCAAUCGAUAUCUCAACAAACUUCCCCUGAACUGCAGCUGCAGCACAACGCUCUGCUGCCAUACCAACAGCAGCAAACGCUCAGCAGUUAUAUGCAUCCGAUGCAGCAGCCUGGAUUACAGAUGUCGCAGAUGCAGCACCUGCAGGUACCUGACCAACAGCUGCAGCUACAGAGGCAGCAGCUGUUGCCAAUAGCUGAUCAAAUGGCAUCUGUUGGAGGCAGGAAGCCUGGAUAUGGCAUCGAAGAUGCCAAGCAUCAGGAAGAGCUUUCCCUCUUCGGCGAUCGGCUCUCCAGUGGAAUCAACAUCCCGGGAGACGAAUCCAUAUUGAACAGAGAUUACCCAGCCCAGGCUGCAACGAGUGGGUCAGUUCCGGGCCAACACAACACGACCAAAAACAUCUCAGCGACCACCAUCGUUCCCUCGGUCACGUCGAAUGAAUCCGUUUCCAAAAAUUCUACCAAUGUUCCUCCUCUGAACUCCAGCACACCAGCGCUGCCCGCGGCAGAGUCUUACUCCAUCUUGGGAUCAUGGAGUGCCAUUGUGGCCAAGUGGAAGCUUGACCCAGCUGUAAUUGAUGCAGAAAAAAAGGAGAACAAACUUCAGCGAUCUGGAGCAGUUAUUGCUCUUAGUCUCGGCCUGACCGUGAGCGCUGUGCUGCUGCUGCUGGUCGGAUGCCGCGUGCGAGGGCUGCGCCGGAGGCGUCACAGAGGCGGCCGCUCAUCCUACGCCCAUGACGCUGAUUACCUUGUCAACGGCAUGUACUUAUAAACUCAUACGCCGCAUGGAUAUUGUUUGCGUAUUACUUGCGAGAUUUUCCAAUAAUAAUCAAAGUAUUGAUGAAGAUUAAUUUAAUCUUGCUAGUUAUCCUGGGAAUAAUAAACAAAUGAUAAUAUUCUAAAUGUCACUAUUUACAUUUAUUGUAAGAACAGAUUAUUGGAUGAGGCACCGUUGCACAGUCUACUUCUAUGAAAAAUUAUUAAUACUCGCAGAAAAAUUCACAUGGCCAAAUUUUUCACCAGGACGAAAUGUUUUCCACAGCACUAAUAUUGUGCUGCGGAAAAUUUUUGAAUUCAUCUAAUUUUUUACGUCACUUUUUGUGUUCCGGCUGCGUUAUGGUAAUCCUGCUACGCCUAAACUUGACAAAACAGUUGGCAGACUUUGAAAAAAAUCUCGCUGUUGAUACCAAAAGUUCGGAGAGAUUUACGGAGGAGCGAGUGGAAGGAAUUGUGAUCGCCUAUUAAGGUUUGCACAUGCGUUAGAAAUGAUAUUUAUAGAUAAAAUGCCUGGAUGUUAAUAACAAUUCACAACCUUGUGCAGAGUCAUUGCUAGAAAUCCUGCCUAGAAUCAUUUAACGUCAUUUCUCUUUAUGCGUUUUUUUAGUUUUUGGUAAAUUUAGUUUUCAUUCCACGAACUUACUAGCUAAAAUUUAUAUUAUUAAUGAUGAUCAAAUGAGUCUCGGCUCACACCGAGCUCAUAUAUUUUGAUAAGACGCGUUCAGUAAUUACAGUAUUUUUUCAACGAAUAUUCCUACGUUUGAGUCGUUAUGUUAUCCAUGCCAUAUUAUUGUCGAAAAAAACAUGCCUAAGUUUAAGUGUUGCCUGUCAAGUGUGCUUUAUGAGUGAGUGAAAUAUAGUUAAAUGUUAGAGGAUAAUUUCACUUAGUUUAGCAACGUGUGUUUUUCUUGCAGCGUUGUUUGUUGUGCGUACCAUUGUUCGCUGGCACGAAAUAAUUAGCAGAGAAAUGCUUGCCUAUAUAUUGUGACUAAACACUAGUCGCAACUGCUUUCAAGUGUUUCAUAUGAUAAUUUAGUGAUGGAUGAUCAAACGAUCGUAAGCCAUAUUAUGAUCUCAUAAAUCAGUUAUAUAUAAGAUCACUUAACAACAUAUGAUCAACAUUAAAUCUCAAUUAUGAAAUUGGCAAAGACAUUUUCAGGCUAAAUUGACAUUCUUGAGUAGCGAUCAACUAAAUGAACAUAACGAUUCAGCGUGUGAGAAUCAUUUAAGAAAUGAGAGGCGAUAUUAAUCUAAAUAAUCAAUGGAAAUAAUCUAUUUGCACUUUUGCAGCGAACUUUUAAAAAUUAGGUAAUGAGAACAAUUUGAAACAAUAAAAGAACCUCAGAUAUCGGAUAAACUUGUCUACUCGGUGCCGUGCACCGAGCCAUAAAGUUUUAGUAGCAUUCGAAAAAUAGUGAGCAAGCUAUUCAAGUGAAUGAUGAUUGCCUAUACAAUGUAGAUGAAGCUGAAUUAGAUGAUACGCCAUUAUAUCCAGUCACAAGUCCAGGUCCCGGUGCCCGUAGUUUAUAUAGGCCUAGGCAGGCAAUUGUGCCCGUGUAGCGCUAGGCAAAUUUAAGAAUUUGAAUUAAAUAUAUUAUUGAUGUCCGCAAUAUAAUUGAUGGACCGUGCAGGAUCAUGUGCAAGAACUUCCGGAUUAGAAUAGGUGGUUUGAGAAAGACAAAUCGUCUUUACAAUAAUACCAGAACGAUGAAGCUAGAACUAAUAUAAUACGAUUACACUUGAUCCGUUUUUCGAGCAUAUUCUAAAGGUAUCCCUAAAUAAAUUAUUAGGUUAAAACUACCGAUUGAGGGUUUUGAUAUUUCAGUCUAAGACAAGAACAUUGACUGCAGCAACGAAAUUCUUAAUAGGGACGAUAAAAACCGAAAUAAUUCCAAUAAGAAAAAAAUUUCUCCGGCGCAUUGAUGGACCGACACGACACUGCCUUACACCGACUUGGACUUUGUACUUGGUGUUGCCUAAUACACCUGCUUUAGAUUAUAGAACGCAUAGCCGAUAUGUAUGUAUGGAUAGUUGAACAGAACGUAUUUUUGAAUGAAUCAAUUUACGUUUUUGCAUUUUUUGCAUAUCAUUUUCUAAAAUUUGAUGCUAAUAGAGAGGUUAUUGCUAAAGGGCACUUUACAUGGGUAGUAAGCAAUACAUUUUUGUAUAGUAGUUUUUCUCUCGACUCAGUAGCUGAAACUUGGUAAACAAAUAGGUCACUAACAAUGGACAUAGAUAUCGAUUCAAGAAUGUAUCUUUUAAAUAGUAGAGAAAAUUUACGUCUGUUUUCCUUAAAAGAGUCACCGAAUAGCAUGCAUGUCUUCCCUGAAAUUCCUUUCGUCCAAAGUUCAACGGGAGUAGAAAUUUCGGAUGGAGAUGUCCAUUCAAUUGGGAAUUUCCAGUCUAUCUAUAGUUUCCAGUGUCGUUCCAGUCUGUUGCUGGGAAGUUAUAUGGAACAUUAUAACCUGUUGUUAUUUUGUGUUGUUCCAGGACCAGUUGAUCCAUCCGUAUCGUGAAAAAUAAAUUAAUAUAUAC